AUGGUAAACUCUACAACAAUACGAAACGUACAAUGGAAUGGUGAAAAAUAUUUGUGCGGUGGUAUUGCGAACGUUGCAACAGUACCGGAAUAUCGUUGUCACGGUUUCUCACGUCAUCUUCUCAGAACUGCGAUUAGCAAAAUGGAAAAAGAGAAAUUUCACUAUUCGCUGUUGAACAGUCUCCCUAAUCGGCAAUCUCACUAUGCGGCUUUGGACUGGGAGAAAACGGAAUCUCCGAAUGUAAGCGUUGUAUUAAAUGAUGGCAGUUUAUCAAUUCAACAAAGCGCCUCAUGGAAGCCAUUUACAAUACCAGCAAAUAAUACAUUACUUGACAUUUAUUCCAAGUGUCCCCGACCCUUACAACUAGAUCGAUCUCAGUCCUACGUUCAACAUUGGGUUGGCUGGAAUUGGAAAACGACAUCAUCUGUAUUAUAUGAGAUACAGGAGAAAGGGUAUGCUGUACUGAGCAUGUUGGACGAAAAACAUAAAGAACGUGGAGUGUGUGUUUCGGAAUGGAGAGCAAUUGACUACGAAAUCGAAAAGCAUUUAUUAGAAGCCGCUGUUGUCGAAUUGGCUAGACGUGGUGGAAAACUAAUUGAGUUUUCUACUUUGCCACAAUACGUCGACAAGAAAUUGUUUGAACAAUUUGGAACUGUGACCAUUCGACAGAGCAAAAGCAUGAUCCGUAAUAUUAGCUUAUCAACAACUCAAUACGAACAAGUCAAGGAAUUAUAUCGAUUGGGUCAAGCUGUUUAUUGGCCUGCUGAUUACUUUUAA